AAUUGAACACGUUCUUGUUUUGUAUGGAUUUUUCAAAGUUUCAGUACGUUUAACGCAAAAAUUAAGUACCAUAUUGAAAAGAAAAUGAACGCUCAGUGACGAGUGGUUAUUUUGGACUGAUAAUAAAAACAACCAUCAGCAGAUGACAAUGCAGAAUUAUAUUUCAACAUAUGUUUUGCUUGCAUGGUUUAUGAAAAUCAAUGGACAGUUGGUCUUUUCUGACGACAGCGCAGUAAAAACAUGCGAAGAAAACCUUAAACCAACAGUACAACUUCUUCAUAUGCUGUCAAGCUUGGCAUUAAAAACCAACAACUCUUUUACCAUCUACACAGAAGAGCAUGUUGCGAAAGAGAUUUGGGAUAAAUUAAGGAGUGGUUGUUCAGAAGAAAGGGAAAAUACAUGCUUCUUUAAACUGCUUGGACACUUUAAGGCUACUAUAUCAGUGGUUAAGAAAGAGAAUCAACACCAAGAAGCAAAUCAGCACCUAGUUGAUAUAUCUCUUGAUUUGAUAUCUGAAACACCCGAAGAACCACCCAGAAUAACUGAUGUUUGCAAAAACUUGAUUUCCUCCAUACAAUUGCAAUGCAAGCCUUGUCCAACAUGUCCAGCUUCAUCUUUUACAAACUGUGAUACUGUGUGCAGUACUGUUAAAACAACAGCAGCAGUAACAAAAACGAAAACACCAACACCAGCAGCCACAACAACAACAGCAUCAUCGGAAUCUCAUAUUGAUAAUAGUCUACCCCAAGAUACGACAAAGGAAUGUCUACAAGCAUCAACUGUAGUUAUUGCCAGUUUUAUAUCCUUCAUUGCUGGUGGCUUUUGUACUAUAGCAAUUGCCUUUGUCAUACGCUAUUUCCGUAAUAGACAAAAGAGAAUUGAUUCAAACGAAGGCAGCACAACUGUUGGUAAUGCACCAUUGGAUGACAAGGUAGCUGUUGCAAGUCCUAAAGAUAACAUGCAAAGAAUGGAAAUGACUUAUGAGACUUUAAAAGGUAAAACAUGCGAUGACGAAAAAGCCGUCAAGGAGCAUGUCUAUCACGGACUUGGCACACACUUGGAAUCUAACAAAAAACCAGAAGUGACGGAUAAGGAAGAAAAUAUAUCAAAAGAAGACUUUCGUGACAAUUUUCAACAUAAGAAUAGCCAGACAGGAGACCAUGUGUAUAAUGCUCUUGAAAUUAAAGAACAUGCUGAUCUUUAUAAAAAUGCAAGGGCAGAAGCUUACAGUGAGCAUACAUACACAGGACUAGCAAACAGAGAAGAUGAAGGUUCUGUUCCGUUAGAUGAAAGUACGGGGAAUUCUGGAACAAAUGAUCGUUCAAAUGAAGGUCAUUACUUCAUACUAGAGAAUACCAAUGGCAACGAAACAAGAGCGUUAGGUGGCGUAGAAGAGCAAAAAUCAAACAUAGAUGAAAAGACUGAGGAUGGUCUCAAAGACGGCGACCAUGAUUAUUUUAACUUAGAAAAGAUGGGUGAUUCUGACCUACCAACUCAUAAAGUUAAGCAAAAUGAUGACGUUAGCAUUGGUGAAACUGAAGAAAAUACAUAUCACAUUCUUGAAAAAGUAUAAUAAUCAGAAAUGCAUUUCAAGACUAUAUUCAAUUUACAUAAUCAUAGCUCAUUAAUUUCUGAUAAUACAACAUUAUAUAUUGUUGAAAAGAAAAUACCUUAUCAUAAUACUAAAAAAGUGUACAUAAU